AUAUUUUUUGUCUUAGGCUUUCACGGCCUUAAGAGAUAGAGAGAUAAGACAUGAGAGGCUAUGAACAAGCUAUAAAUUUUCCUAUGUCUGUCUCUGUUUCGUUAAUGGCGAUCUCAUCCCAGCACAAUCACAACAACAACAAUAGCAUCAUCCUCACAAACACACAAAAGUCAUGGGCCAUCUUUACCACCUCCAAAAUUUAUGAGUGUGUUCAUUGGGUUCUCUAGGAGCCACAAAGACUACCACAUAUUAUCAGAUAUGGUAAUAACAGGCAAACUUUCAUGUUCCGCAUCUCCUUUACCAAAUCUUAGAACCCAAGUCAGAUCUCCUUCAAAAAUCCCAAUAUCCCAAAUCCUACAACUCCAUUCUCCGUCCCAAACCAUAUUAAAAAAAAUACUUUUGAAAUCCCUCCAAAUAAGCACCACUCACUAUGAACACAGACAGGAUAAAUUUGAAGACACUGUACCAACCAUGUCAGAGAUAUUGGACUCAUCAAAAGCCCAAAACCUUGACCUCCAGCUCCAAACUCUAGGACCCUUUUUCAGAAUCACAGCCAAGAACUUGGAAACCCAAACAGAGCUUGGGAAGGCUGAGGGGCUAAUAAGGGUCUGGUUGAAAGGGACAAUUCUUCACUUGGACUCCAUUAGAUUGAGGAGAGAGACACUGGGAAUGGAGAAAUCAAUCUUUGGUAUUGGUUUGUUCCUUGGAGCUGUUGCUAUUCGAUAUGGAUAUGAUUGUGGUUGCAAAACAGCCGAGUUACUUGCAAUCAAUGACUCUGAUCUUUACCAUUCCAAGCUUGUUAGGUUCUACACAAGAAUUGGAUUUAAGGCUGUGCAUGAAGUAUCAGGUUCAGGAUUUGGAGAUUAUGCCCACAUGUUGGUCUGGGGAGGAGUUGGGACUCGAAUGGAUGCUAAUGUUGAAGAACUUCUUGUAAAAUGGUGUACCAGGUUCAAACCUCGGAAGUGAUUCACUGGUUGAGUAAUUUCUCUCAAUCAAUUUCAAAUUGAGCAACAUCUCUUCUAAUUCUAUGAAGCACAGACUAGAAAUUCUACCGUCAUUAAAAACUGCUAUCUGAGGUGGAAAAUUAGCCUGUUUGGUUGGUGGCAUUGGUUCUAAGUACUACUCCUUAUGGUAUGUAUGUGACCAUGCUGAAUUCCCAGCAAGUAUGUCCUUAGUGUUCAACUUCAGUUUUGAUCUGAGGAUAUUUUUACCCCGUGGGUUGAACAAGACCAUGAGGAAGGAGGAGAUCUUGCCUUGUAUGAUUAUAUCAUAUUGGUAUGACUUGUGAAGCUCAUGUAGUUCUUUCA